UGUUGUUCCGCCAAAGCGUGCAGUUUGCAAAUACCCAACUCCGUCUCAAAAAAUUCGCAAAAGCAGAAGCAAAAAAAUAAAAAAUAUAUACAAAAAAGAAUUAGUAAAAAUACAAAAUACAAAAUGCUACAGAUGUAAAGCUAAUACAAAUAAUAAAGCAAACCCAACUGGACAAACAACAAUUUUGAAAUACACUGCACUCAAAAUGAAUCGACUGCUGCUGCAGUUUCUGGUGACGACAAUACUCGUCUACAAAGUCAUUUCCGUGCCCACGGUCACCACCGUGUCCAGUGCGUCAUCGAGCACCACAGAGAUACCGCAACAGGAUGAUGAUGAUGAUGAUUGGGAUGAGGGCGAUGAAUCAUUAGAGUCCGAUGAUGAUGGGCGUGUCUAUAAGAAUCCACGCAAUUCACCCUCAACGGAGUGUCCACGGGAUGAGGAGCAGGCCACGUUGCUGGGCCAGAAGUGUUUGCGCAAAUGCUCCUCCGAUGAGGAUUGCAAGAGUAAGAAGAAGAAAUGCCUAUGCGAUGGCGUCUGUGGCAAUUCCUGCAUCAAGCCGGAUCGCGAAUGCCCGGAACUUGCCCAGCCCAGUCUGGGUCAGGUGACUGUAGCCGGACGGCACUUUGGCGCUCGGGCUUCGUACGCCUGUCCGCACGGCUAUCAUGUGGUUGGACUCCAGAGUCGACUCUGCCAGGCUGAUGGCAACUGGGCCGGCGCCGAGCCCGCCUGCAAGCAGAACAUCUACUGCCUGAAGCCGCCGCAGAUUGAGCAUGCCCGCAAUUCGGCUUUGCCGGAACAGGAAACCUUCGAUUUGGACUCCACGGUGCAGUAUCAUUGCCACACAGGUUAUGUGACCAAUGGGUUUCCGCGUGCCAAGUGCCUGGCCAUCGAUAACCAGGCCAGCUGGUACGGACCGGAUAUACAAUGUGAACCUCGCUCCUGCGGUCAGCCUCCCGAUCCGGCAUAUGGCUGGCAUGCCGGAGAAUGCUACACCUAUGGUUGCAAGAUCACCUACAAUUGUGGCACUGGUUACGAGCUGGUUGGCAAACAUGAGCGCUACUGUCAAUCGGAUGGCUCCUGGACGCCCAAGGAGCUGCCCACUUGUGUUUUGGUCACCUCCGUCGUGUGUCCCACACCCGAGAAUCCCAAGAAUGGCAAAGCCACCUACACCACUCUGGCCUACAACUCGGUGGUCAGCUACGAGUGUCGCUACGGCUACACCCUGGUCGGCGAGAGCUCCAGCCGCUGUGGUGCGAGCGCCAAGUGGAGCGGCACUGUGCCCAGCUGCAAGGAAAUCAACUGUGGACAUCCCGGAGUGCUUUAUAAUGGCUGGAUUGAGAAUAUCGAGGCGGGCACAGGCCUGGGUGCCAGCAUCAUCUUCCGCUGUCAGCCGGAAAUGUUGAUCAACGGGCUGGGCUCGAGUGUCUGCCAGAUCGAUGGCAGGUGGCGCAAUGCGCUGCCGGAGUGUUUAGCACCAUGUGUGGUGCCCACCAUAUCGCAGGGCUUUGUCAUACCCAUUGAGAUUAGUGUCGAUGAGAAUGGCACCACAAUUGUCACGGCGACAAGCACAACCACUACGCAAUCGCCCACCCAAAUCGUGGGCGGAGUGGAGAAGGUUAAGCACGGCACAGCGCUGGAGGUGAAGUGCGAUGAGAACUAUGAGUUCCCAGUGUCCCUACUGAGUCCGCCGACCUGUAAUAAUGGCACCUGGAGCAUCAUACCCCGUUGUGUGCCCGCCCGUUGCAAGAGUAUGCCGCGGCCACCGAAGCAUGGCAUGGUGAUGGCACCGAAGACCGAGCACGGCAUGAAGGCGAGAUUCAAGUGCAAGGAUGGCUUCAAGCUGGUCAGUCCCGAGGGCAAGGAUGUCACAGAUCCACAUGAUUAUGUGCUCACCUGCUCGUUUGGCAAUUGGACGGGUGAAACACCCAAAUGUGAUGAGGUCUUCUGCUCCUUCCCCGGCUACAUACCCAACGGGAAGGUACUCCUCGUGGGCAACAUGGGACUCUACGACUACAGGCCGUAUGUGAAGAAGAUUGUCAACAACAAGCAGAUCAUGUACGACUGCGACAAGGGCUACGUCCUGGAGAAAGUGGGUCCGCCAGGCGCCACCUGUGUGGGUGGCAAGUGGCGUCCAUUGGAUCUGCCACAAUGUCUCCUCGGUCAACAUCCUCGUCUGCGCUGGAAUCGUCGCCGACGUCGCUCCUUGCAACUGCGGCAACUGCGCUCCAUUUAUCUGCUGCGACGUCAACGGGAACUUCAACGACAGUUGUCGGAGCACAAGGAAUUCGCACAAGCGGCUGGGAAAUUGGAUCACGAGCGUGUCAAGCGCAGCGCCAAUCUCAACCUGAGUCCGUCCGAUCUGGACUUGGCCUACUCGAAGUACUAUCAGAAUAUCAAGGAGCGCUAUCAGCGCUAUGUGCGCAAGAUGCUGGGUCAAAAGCGACGCUACAAGCAGAUCAAUGUGUCGGAAGGACGCAGGUACAUUCAGCCCAACAACCCGGAGCCGAUAAGACGGCACUUAGCUGACUUGGAUGAUGAGCAACGUGGUAAUGCCUUGGUCCUGCCCCAUCUGAAGCAGAAGUCACAUGCGCAUAGUCGUGGCCAGUUGGAGCAGAGAUUCGGUGGGUCAGCAGCGUCACGUGAUCUCAUCGAGCAGCUGCAAUCGCAGAUUAUGCGACGUCGUCGCAAACGCAGCUCCAGCAUCGUUUCCGGCGGAGAUGCGGACGUGGACAGCAGCGAUGGCGGCGAUGCUGGCAAGGCGGCAGCGGGUAACGGCAAACGAUUGCGCGGACCCUGUGAAGAUCUCGACUGGGAUUCGUUUGCCAACAUAACUACAAUACGGCCGGGCAAGGCGCCGGGCCGCAACUCUGUGGGCAUUAUGCUCCAACUGGAAUGCAAUGCGGGCUUCAAGCUCAACAUCAAGGGCGAGAAUGCGACGGCACGUUGCAUCCGUGGCAUCUGGAAGCCGGAUGUACCCAAGUGUAUGUCGGCACCGUGUCUGGUGCCAGCCGUCGAGCACGGCCAGUAUUACAAGGUGGAGCCGCAUACCAAGCAGCUGAGCGACAAACCCUCCUUGACGCCACUCUCCACCUACGAGGAGGUCCAAUCCAAUGAGUUUAUCACACUGGAAUGCGAGGAUGGCUUCAACGCCCAGGGAUCUGCUCAGUUGCGUUGCGCACAUGGCUCCUGGUCGGUUAACGCCUUCUCGGAAUGCACCUCGGUACCAUGCACCCUGCCAAACAUUCCGGGCAUCAUCUACGAUGGCGGUUAUCGAGCUGGUCUGACCAUUGGACAUGGAAGCACGGUGAACGUGCGCUGUGAGCUCUCCACGAAUGCGAAUCCCAUUGAGAUGUCCUGCCACAAAGGCAACCUGACGCCACCCAGCAUACCCUGCGAGUCGGGUUUGCGCAAGUCGCGCCAGGAGCUGGAGCAUGCCACGCCCACACCCACGCCCACAACCAGCGUACGGAGCAGGCUCGAACACAAUGAGCUGGACGAGCAUCAUCAGCAUCAUGACAACGGCACCGAUGAGCAUGGCGACGAUCUGAAGAUGUGCGGUCAUCCCAGCCUGACAGACGGUGCCUUGGUUUACAAGAAUCCCGAUCAUGCGGAAAUUGAUGGCGCCUACGACAGCGGCACAGAGAUCUUCUUCAAUUGCAUUCCCAAUGCGGCCGGCGAUCGCCAAACCUGGCGCAUCAUCUGCGACAAUGGACAGUGGAUUGGACGCUCCUACAAUUGCGAAAAUGGCACCUGUUUAUUCAAGAACAACGAACCGAAUGUGGUCAGCUUUUACAAUGAUCUGGAAAUACGAGAGGAUAUUGUGGAAUUUCCGCCCGGCGCAACAAUCAUAUCCAGAUGCGUCGACAUUGGCAAGUUCUCGAUGACUGGCAGUCAUGAUCGGACCUGCAUCCACUCGGAGUGGACGAACACGAAGCCCGUGUGCUCGGGACUCAAUCAGGAGAAUGACUAUGCGAUGGAGAAGGCGCCCACAAUUCUGUUUCGACACCAGAACGGACCUAUUGCCCAGAGCAAUAAUGGCAAACUGAUUGUCUAUCCGGGCACCACGGUGCACAUGGAAUGCCUGUGGAUGCGACGCUUCGGCAAUCCCAAGUGGAAUGUUAGCCAUUCCUACAAAAACUAUACGGAGGGCUGGGUAACCGAGGCGGAUGAGGGACGCGAUUCAACAUUGGAAUAUCGCCUGAGUGUAUUCGAUGCUGUUGCCGAGGAUUCCGGCUCGUAUUCGUGCAUGACACCGGCUCGGCAUGAGCAUGCCGUUGAAGUAGUGGUGAAGGCAAUCAACUGUCCCGAAAUACCGAUAAGACGGGGCCUGAUUGUCAACACCAACGAUACGAAGCUGAGCACACGCGUGCUGUUGUCCUGUUCGAAUGGCAACUCGUUGAUUGGCGCAUCGGAGCUGUUUUGCUUGCCCAGUGGCAAUUGGAGCGCACUGUUGCCGGUUUGCGAGAGCGUGGAGUGCGGCGAUAUACCGCUGAUGGCGAACAAUGUGAGCUCGCCGCGCGUCUCGGUGCUGUCGCGUGAGGUGGGCGGACGAGCGGCAUUCUCCUGCUCCACGGGUUACGGAUUGCGCGGACCAACGGAGGCGAUCUGUUUGCCUACGGGCGAAUGGGCGACACCGUUUCCCACCUGUGUCGAAGUGCAAUGCGAUAAUCCGGGCGCACCGCAAAACGGUUACGCCCAGGGCUCGGCACCGUAUCGUGCCGGCGAUGUGGUCCAAUUCAAUUGCAACCCGGAAUACAUGAUGCAAGGUCAGCCAAUAAUUGCCUGUCAGGAUAACGGACGCUGGUCGGGCGGUUUGCCCAAGUGUGUGCAGGCCUGCUCGUAUCCCGGCACCGCCAUCAGCGGUCGCAUGUCCUCCGUUAAAUUCUACUAUGCCAUCGGUGAAAGCAUCACCUUCACCUGCGACGCCGGCCUAGAUCUGCGCGGCUCCAAGGUCCUCAAGUGCAUGAAGAACGGCAAAUGGUCGAGUGCCAUUCCAACUUGUGUCACUAAUGAUGCACCCGCCGGCGGCGUCAAUACUAACAAACAUCUGGGCACCAUGGGUUGAUUGCGUUGGCCCCACACAUUUUUUUAAGUUUGAAUUUAAAAUCAAAGUGAUACUAAUACAUAUGUACUACGAACUAAUGCACAUUCAACAAACAGACAGACACACACGUAUACUACUACUAAUACUACUGACAUUCUUGCGAUUCAAUAAUAAUUGUAAUUGUCGUCAUUUUACUAUUAAUAAAUGUUCAAUCAAAUAUUAAAA